AUGAGUUUGUCGUUAAGGGCAGAGUUGUCUCUAGACAAAAAUAAGAAGAAGAAGAAAAGAGAACUCUCUGAUGAACAAAAACAGGUUAAAGAAGCUUUUGAUCUAUUUGAUACAGACAAAGAUCGUGCCAUAGAUUAUCAUGAACUGAAGGUGGCUAUGAGAGCUCUAGGCUUUGAUGUCAAGAAAGCAGAUGUGCUUAAAAUUCUGCGUGACUAUGACCGAGAAGGAACAGGCAAAAUCUCCUUUGAUGAUUUUAAUGAAACAAUGACAGACAUGAUGUUAGAGAGAGAUCCAGAAGAAAUUUUGAAAGCCUUUAAGCUAUUUGAUGAUGAUAAUUCAGGCAAGAUCAGCCUUCGCAACUUGCGCCGAGUGGCACGGGAGUUGGGUGAAAACAUGACUGAUGAAGAACUUAGAGCAAUGAUAGAUGAGUUUGAUCGAGAUGGUGACGGGGAAAUUAAUGAAGAGGAGUUUAUAGCAAUCAUAACAGGUGACACAUAGUUGUCCUGAACACCAGCUGCACAAGAUUUCCAUGUGUUGUUCAUCUGCUUCAAAGAUAAUCACCAAGAUGACUGAUCAGCAAAAUGUCAUCUGUGAGCAGAAUCCUUUUGUGAAUGGCCUCAGUUUCGAGCUCAUUGUGACAGUGGAGUAUAACAGAGCUAAAAACACUUAAUAGAUAACCUAGACUGAGGAUUGGUCUUUCAAGAGAAAGAAGGAAGUAUUGUGGCAAGUGAUACAAAUGGCUUUCUUCCAAUAUUUCUCAUUAUCCAUUUCACUAUAAGUAAUUUUAUUCUCUUUAGAGUUAAAUUAUGGUUGUCUAUCAUUGUGUAUGUAAAUCAUAAUUGGAGGUAUGCUUCUCAGAUUUUUAUAUUGUGGCCUUUUCUUCAGUCUUUUUCUCUGACCUUAAAGAGACAAGCAUAUUAUGGUUUUCUGUGAUAUGCAAGUUGAAAAAUACAUUAUGUGAUGUUUGUGUGGUUGAUAAUUAAAGCAAAACUUAAGUUAUUUUUGUGUAUGUGCAAAUAUGUGCAAGUGCACUAUUGAUGUAUGUCUGGAUGGGUCAUAUGUCUGAAGUGCAGUGUUAUGUUUCCAGUGAUAAGGCUACUUGAAUUUUUUUUUUUAGAUUAAAUUGUUUUGAUUUUCAAGGUUUAAGUGUUUUUAAUGUCAACCGUUGAAAAGUUUCAAUUAAUUGAAUAGAUUACUCUUUGAUUAAUUUUAAUGACUUUCAUAUACUUGUAAUAUCAAGAUAAACUAUCAAAACUUCAUUCAUAAACAUGAGUGCAUGGAAGAUAAUGCACUCCUAGGAGACUCAUAUUUUGACCUGGCUGCCUUGUCUUCUUAGAAUGAUUGUCACAGAAAAUUAAUUACCAGAGGUUCUUUAUGCUACAUGACUGUUGUUGCACAACAUUUUGAUAUGUAGAUAUUUGUUGCUUAUGUUUUAGAGACUUAACAAUGGAAAAUUUUACUUAAGUGCUUGAUGGAUGAAAAUAAUGAAUAUCAGCAUUGAUAAUGGUUACCAGCAACUUGCAAAAUUUAUAUGACAGCCUUUCCAACCAUGCAGUGGUUUUGUUUAAAAUCUAAGAUGACUGUCCAUAGUGUAAUUUAUUUUACACCAAAACUUCAAGCUUUUUACACUUAUUUUAAAAAAGAGUUCAAAAUGUUUUCAUAUCCAGUUUUCUUUUACAGAUGGCAUUUUGAAACUUUGUAGCAAGGGUUAAUUAGCAUAAUUUUGAAUGUGUGACUAAAUAUAAGUGGUGUAAGUAGAGGUUGCAAGUCUUUUGCUAAGUUAAAAAAAAAACUGACAAGUUGACAAACAGAUUCAUUGCUUGGCCAUUUUCAGUACAAAUUCUGAAAAUCUUGCAGAGUCAAUAAAUGUGAUUCACAUUCAA